AUGUCCGCCCGCCUCGACAACAUCCUCAGUAAAUAUACAAACCCCUCUUUCGAAAACCAUGUGCCCUUGGCAAUUGCUGCCGUGGUCACCAGAGAAAAUGGCCUAGUGUACCUUGGGGCUGCUGGGGCGAAAGAUGCCUCCGUUCCUGAUGAUAAGGUAACCACAGACACUACUUUGGCAUUCUAUUCAGAUACUAAGGCAGUUGCCUGUACUGCUCUACUCCAACUUCUCGAACGUGGACAAAUCAAGUCCAUCGACGAAACCGUGGAAACUUACAUUCCAGAAGCCAAAAAUAUCAAGAUACUACAGGGUUUUGACGAAGAAGAUCAACCAAUCCUCAAAGAUGCUACCGUCAAGCCAACCAUCCGUCAUUUGCUAACACAUACUGCAGGCUUUUCUUAUGCUUUCUUCAGCUCACACUACAAGAAGUUGUUGGACCUCACCGGCAAACCAAACAUUUUGCUUUCAAGUUGGGAACAAUUUCAAACCCCAUUAAUUUUCGAACCGGGAUCAGAAUGGCAUUACGGUGUCAACAUUGAUUGGGUAGGUAAGAUAGUGUAUAACGUUUCUGGCCAGACCCUUGAUCAAUUCCUUCAAGAAAACGUCUUCAAACAAAUCGGCGCCCCAUCAUUGACAUUUACAAGACGCCCUGAACAUUAUGCAAACCAAGCAGAAAUCCACCAAAGAGCCAAUUGCACCAGUGGUGACUUGAUCCCGCUUAAAGGAAUCCACCCUGAAGUUCCAGAAUUCCAUGCUGGCGGUCAUGGCUUAUGGGGGAAGCUUGAAGAUUAUAUGAAAUUUCUCGAAAUAUUCCUUCAUGAAGGUAAGUGUCCAUCUACUGGAGCUGUGGUUUUGAAACCAGAAACUGUCAGAGAUUAUGCCUUCUCUAAUCUUCUACCAAAGGGAAUCACUUGCACUCCUAACUUCCAAUACGAUCAACCGCAACUCAGUAAUCCAGUUGAUUUAUUUGAUUUAUUUCCAAAGGACAAGAUGUCAUGGACAGCCAAUUUCUUCAAAGUGGAUGUGGACUUGCCAACUGGUAGAUCUGCUGGCAGUUUGAGCUGGUGUGGCUUACCAAACUUGUAUUAUUGGAUUGAUCCAAAGAAAGGAGUUACUGGGAUGUUUUGUACUCAAUUAUUUCCAUUCUACGACAAAACUGCUCUUGAAGCAUUGACCGAAUUUGAAACCGAAGUUUACAAGCAAUUCACUUGA